CCCGCCCGCCCCACCGCCCCACCUCCACCCCACCACCCCGGCGCGCGUCGCGUCUCUCCUGGUCGGAGGCGGAGGAGCGGAGGACGACCACCGGCGCGGACGCAGGCGUCCCGCAUUCCCCGAUCCGGCCCCGCCUGACCCCCGUUGCCACGGCAGCUCGAUCCGACCGACCAACUCGCCGGCCGGCAGGCGCCACGUAGAAAUACACGUUGUUCAAUUGUUAACAUAGAAGUAUAGGAUGGUAUCACUCUGCUAUUUCUGCCCGGGGCUCACAACUCGGUCCCGGAUGCCCGUGAAGCGGUACAAGAAGAUCCUUGCCGAAAUCUUCCCCAAAACACAGGAUGAAGAGCCCAACGAGAGAAGGAUUGGGAAGUUGUGCGAGUACGCUUCUAAAAACCCUCUUCGAGUGCCAAAGAUCACAGUUUACUUGGAGCAACAUAUUUACCGGGACUUAAGAAGUGAGCAGUACGGCUUUGCAAAAGUGGUGAUGUUGAUAUAUCGCAGACUGUCGGUUUCUUGUAGAGAACAGAUGCCUCUGUUUGCAAGUAGCCUAUUAAGCAUUGUACACACUCUUUUAGACCAAAAGAGGCAGGACGAUUUGCGCAUCGUUGGGUGUGAAACCUUGUUUGAUUUUGCUGUCAAUCAGGUGGAUGGUACAUACCAGUUCAAUUUGGAAGGGCUGGUCCCAAGAUUGUGUGAAAUAGCCCAAGAAGUAGGAGAAGAUGAGAGGGCAACUGCCCUACGAGCGGCAGCCCUGCAAUCUCUUUCAGCUAUGGUAUGGUUUAUGGGGGAGCUUUCUCAUAUCUCAUCAGAGUUUGACAAUAUUGUUCAAGUUGUACUGGAGAACUACAAACCUCAGAAGAUGCAAAAUGAUGACCAAAGUACCAAUGAUGCUGACAACCAGUUGGCGCAGGAAGGCCAGAAGGCUGAGCAGACCCCUUCCCCUUUCAUUAUCACUCCGGCUCCCUCUUGGGAGAACAUAGUUAAUGUCAAGGGAGGAGUCAACCUGCCAGUGGAAGAUGCUAGGGACCCUAAGUUUUGGUCCAGAAUCUGUGUGCAUAAUAUGGCCAAGCUUUCUAGGGAGGCAACCACAUUCCGCCGCAUCUUGGAAUGUUUGUUUCGGUACUUCGGUAACAACAGUUCAUGGUUAUCAGAAAAUGGACUUGCUUUGUGUGUCUUGUUGGACAUGCAACUUUUAGUAGAAAGCUCAGGACAAAAUAUGCACUUAAUGCUGUCACUGCUGAUAAAACAUAUUGAGCACAAGACAAUGGUGAAGCAGCCAGACAUGCAGCUUAGCAUCGUGGAGGUGGCAGCUACCCUUGCAGAACAAUCCAGUGCUACCGCUUCACCAGCAACUAUAGGUGCCAUAAGUGAUCUUGUGAGGCAUUUGAAAAGGACAUUCCAUAUUACUCUUGGCAGCAAAGAUAUGGAAUUAGUAAAAUGGAACGAGAAAUUCCGGAAGGGCAUAGACGAAUGCCUAGUUCAGCUGUCAAAGAAGGUGACUGAUGCUGGGCCAGUUCUUGACAUGAUGGCAGUUAUGCUAGAAAACAUUGCGAGCACUCCUGUUGUAGCUAGAUCAACUGCAGCUGCUGUUUACCGCACAGCUCAAAUAAUUGCUUCUGUGCCAAAUUUGCAAUAUCAGAAUAAGGUGUUUCCUGAAGCUUUGUUUCAUCAGUUGCUGUUAACAAUGAUCCACCCCGAUCAUGAAGCUCGUGUUGCUGCACACCGCAUAUUUGCUAUUGUCUUAGUCCCAUCUUCUGUUUCCCCUUCGAUCCAAGCUAGUCCCUCUGGCCAGGCAAAGAAACAUGAUAUGCAGAGGACACUCUCUAGGGCUGUCUCUGUAUUUUCUUCUUCAGCUGCUAUCUUUGACAAGAUGAAAAAGGACAAGUACUCAGAAAAUUCACAAGGAGAAAGCAAGGACAAUAGUUUGCAUAGUGUUGGUGAAGGAACUGGACAAUCAAAGAGUCAAAACCUUCACGUGUCUCAAAGCCGCCGCCGAAGCAUGAAAGUUCCUAAUUUUUCCAUGAAAAGAGGUCCUUCAAUGGCCAUGAGAGCUCCUUCAGUAGCGAUCAGAGCUCCCUCAAUAUCUCUGAGAGGUCCUUCAAUGUCUUCGAGAGCAUCUUCUAUCUCUGUAAAGGAAGACCAAAGUUCCUCAAACAAGUCAGAUGAGGAAACGGAAUCAGUGUUGGUGAAACUGAGUACCCGUCAGAUCACACUUUUGCUGUCAUCCAUUUGGGCUCAAGCAACAUCCCCUGAAAAUACUCCUGCGAACUAUGAAGCCAUUGCUCAUACUUACAGUUUGCUUCUGUUGUUCUCUGGAUCCAAGGCAUCAACAUUUGAGGCUCUUACUCAGAGUUUUCAGGUUGCAUUUUCUUUGAGGACCUAUUCGCUCACUGAAGCAGAAUCAUUACAACCAUCUCGGCGCCGGUCAUUAUUUACUCUGUCCACAGCCAUGAUUAUUUUCUCGUCAAGAGCUUACAAUGUGUUGCCACUCAUCCCGAUCUGUAAACAAAUGAUCAAUGAUCGUGCGGCCGAUCCGUUCCUUCGUUUGGUGGAUGAGAGCAGACUUACAGCUGUCAAGGAUUCUUCAGUUGAUCCUUCAAAAAUAUAUGGAUCACCAGAGGACAACGCUAAUGCACUGAAGUCCCUUUCAGAAAUAGAACUAUCAGAAAGUCAAUCUCGAGAGUGCAUAGUCUCCACAAUCAUGAACAACAUUGCAAAUAUGAUGGAUGCGGAAUUGAAUAAUGUGAGAAGCCAAUUGCUAAGUGAUUUCACUCCCGAUGACAUGUGUCCUACAAGCACUCAAUUCUUUGAAGUGCAUGUUGAUAAUCCUUCAUCAGGGUCUCAUGAGACUGGUCACCAUGAAGAGCAGGGUUUGCUGAUUGACCUGGGGAAUGACCAUGAUGCUUUUGGGGAAGCUUCAGAAAGCACAGAUGCUUCCGCAUCUUCUGUACCUGCAUCAGAUCUUCUGAGUAUCGAUCAGCUUCUUGAAACGGUUGGUGCAGAACCAGCACCUCAGGCUGGAGUAGUGUCAGCAGACAUUGGAUUCAAGGAUAUGACUAGCCACUGCGAAGCCCUGACGAUCGGGAAACAGCAGAAAAUGUCCGCCUUCAUGAGCUUCCAGCAAAGCGUGCAAGCGUCUGGGCUGCCAAGCAGCCAGCCCAACCAGAUGGAGUUGGACCUUUUCCAAGACCCGCAGUUGCCUCAGGCCGGGACACAUAGCACGAACCCAUUCGCUGAUGACAGCCUUCAGGGAUAUCCACAGUACAUGAAUGAGCCCAACGGCGACAACGCACAGCCAGGUCAGGACUUCCAGCAACACUCUCUGAAGCUACCGGCAGCAAGCCCGUACGACAAUUUCCUCAGGGCUGCUGGCUGUUAGAGGUCCAGCUUGCAGCAGCCAGACUAUCAGUUACAAGGAUGAUGUCGAUUUCAAGAUAGUCGCGAAGGAAGAUUCUGCGAGUUUUCCAUUUUGCGGGAAAGGAAGAGGUAUGUCCGUGUAUGAGGUCUUAGUAGAGACUCAACCGGAUUCGACACCCAUUCUUUAUGUAUAGCUGUAUGUAUGUACGUAUAGGUUGGCUCUUUGCUGCUGUUGUUGUUUUUGCCAAUGCAACGUGUAGAGGGACUGGGGGGAGCAGUGCCUUCUAUCAGACUGUACAUGUAACAUGUUGCAGAAAUAUAUGAAGAAAAAUGACGUUUGAAGAAAAUUUCCGUCA